GCUUAACAUCUUCGCUUAAAUCAAAUAUUUCCGCCACAUGAUGUUGUAUUUCCGGCGUAGAAGAAGACCAUCAACGCUUCCGAGCCAAGAUACCCAUAAGGCAAACCUCCAUAAACAUCUAAAGAAUAGCCAUGAGCCUAGAUCAAGACCAGCAGCUUCGUUCUGGUUGCCAUGACAAAACAACACUCCGUCUCGACUCGUCAGACAGCCGCGAGCUCGCCAAGCAGCCUCUCCAAGGCCUUAAAUUGGCAUCUCACAAAGUGCUGGAGAAAGCGCAGCAGACUGGCAGGUUGAAAUGUUCUAAAUGUGGUGGAUCAAGGAUGUUCUUCUGCUACACAUGCUGUUCAUUAGUGGGUGUCAGCAUCCAAGAAAUUCCCAUCAAGCUUCCUGUGAAGAUAGACAUUAUCAAACAUCCCAAUGAAACGGAUGGGAAGAGUACCGCCAUUCAUGCCAAGAUCCUGGCACCAAGUGAUGUCACCAUGUACACCUAUCCAUGCGUUCCAGAGUACGACAAGAAUAACGUGGUGCUGGUGUUCCCUGGCCCCGAGGCCGUCUCAGUGAAAGACAUAAGGCGUUGUUUAGGCAACAGGAGUAAGACGAAGUUGCAUGACCACUUUGACGAACCCUGUCCAAAGAGGUUGGCAAUUGAAGAUCCUAAUGGGGGAACACAGGGUGCCAAGAACCCUGAGGCAGAGGCCAUAGAUGAAGCAAAGAUCCAGGAGUCAAAGGUGUUUCCCCUACAAAGGGUGGUCUUCAUCGACAGUACAUGGAACCAGACCAACAAGAUCAUCACAGACGAAAGGCUGCAAGGUCUGCUCCAGGUAGAACUGAAGACGAGAAAAACAUGUUUCUGGCGCCAUCAGAAGGGCAAGCCAGACACUUACCUCUCCACCAUUGAAGCUAUUUAUUAUUUUCUCCUGGAAUUCCACCAGUCUUUCCUUGUCCAGGAAUACAAUGGAGAAUAUGACAAUCUUCUCUUCUUUUUCUCCUAUCUGCACUCAGUCAUCAACAAAGCUAAGACAUCUGCUGGAAAGUGCUGAAAGUCAUGAAAAACUGAACUCAACUAUGAGACUGAACUAAAGAGCUAAAUAAAUAGAUUUUGUUUUCUUUUCUUAAACUCUGCAUAGUGUCAUCAUACAGUUAAAUGAAUGUUUUAGUCCAUGUAGAUGGCCUGACCUUACCUUUGUGUUUAAAAGGGAAUUUAAAGCCUUUUUAAGUUUUUAAGGAUUCAAAUGGUAAUCCAAAAGUUGUAAAAACGUUUGAAUUAAAAAGAGUUUUAAGUAC